UUACCUUCAUUUCCUCUUUAUCUUCUUUUCUCACCAUUUCUUUUUCCUUUCCAAGAGACUUCUUUUGCAGCCUCAAACGCAAUCCCUCUUUUGCUCUCUCUCACCCAAUAAUCUACUCCACUUUCAUGCAAAACAUGUUAUCUUUUUGAGCUCCUCAAACCCCCUCCUUUUUUAUAUUUCCAACCACCAAACAUGGAAAACAACCUACUAACAAGUGUGCACCAAAGAAAACCAACCAAGAAGGCCAAGCAACCCAAGAAAAACAACAACAACCCCAUCAAAGUUGUGUACAUAUCCAACCCUAUGAAGGUCAAGACCAGUGCUUCACAAUUCAGGGCCUUGGUUCAAGAACUCACUGGCCAAGAUUCUGAAUUGCCUGACCCCACAAAGUAUUCAAACAGAGAUGAACAUGUCGGUGGCCGCCAGCAUCAAACGGCUCCCGAUCCCAUGAUUAAUGAUGACAAUAAGAUGGAUGGUGAUGAUGAUGAUGAUGAUGAUCAUUCACAACAAGAGGAGGUGCCCACUGUGGACCCCAGUACUAGUCAAGAACAGCCCGAGAGUUCAAGCUCUCAGCUUGAGCCGUACGAUGAUGUUUUCACUCCCCAGAUGAUUGACAGUUUUUCUGGUUUGUUGCCCAAUACUGUAUUCUAUGAUUCUCCCCAACUUGAUGUGCUUAGAAGGCUGGAUACAGUGUGAAAAUUGAGUAAGCUCUCUCAAGCUAAAGGCCUAAGGCCUAGAAUCACUGUACGUUACAUAUCUAUUCUAUAUGUAAUUUUUCUAUGUUUCUGUUUUUGUUUUUUAAUUAUUGAAUUAUGUUAGUAUUUUGGGACCCUAUAGGCUUUAUCCCGUAAAUUUCAUAUUACUGCUGGGUCCAGUCUUGAACUUCUUCUUCUCUGAAAGGGAGGAUCUAGAGGACUAGAACUAUCCUAUCCGUACGGCACGGCUAUUGACAUAUAUGAUAUUAUUGUAUUUAAUUUGAACGUGUUAUUUUGUUUCUAUUUGUAUCAACUUUGUUUUAUUAAAUUCUAGGGUUGUAAUUGUAAGUUUGUAACUCUUGGUGACUAAUGGUUUAAUGAUGUGCUUAAUUUGAAUAA